CGUCACAGCACCCGGUGCUUGUCGCACAAUCGUCAUCAGCUAAUCUUCGCUAGCUCCUCGCUAAGAGCACGUGUGCGCUUAGGUCAUCUUCUCCUCUCUUCUGGCCUGACGCACACACACACACACACACACACAGAGAGAGAGAGAGAGAGAGACACGGGCACACACAUGUACAUGUCUCCUCAUACUCUUCCCCUCGUGUGUCCGCUCACAGUAAUUAUUGACGCCGCAAAUGAGAUUAUCACAGCACUCGCUAUCGUACACGCACAUAGGUGGCCUGUUGUCGGCGCGCAGAUCCGCAGUGCCGGGGGAAUGCAAACACUUGCCGCCUGAGAAAUACAUACAACGACACCCACCGCCCUCUGGAGGAGACCGCUUUGUGGCUGCCCUUCUCACAUUUUCUGUUGUAUCUGCAGAUGUCGCUUCCGCAGCAGUCGGAGUUGUGUGAGCAGUGCAGACUGUGCGCCUUUGUCUCAGCAGGAAUGCAGCCUGCAUGAAAGACAACGAAAGACAACCACCAUACCCUCCUUGAGCUGGUUGUUUGAGGCAGGUCUCCCCCCGUCCCUCUCCUCUCCUUCUCUUACAUGCUUUGGCUUUCUUGUGGAUGGCAUUAGGACGCUCCCCGCUGUCCCAGGAUGGGAACGCAAAUUCGUCGGGGCUGAGGCCGAGCGAGUUCGAUGGCUGGCACACGACAAGCUGAUAUAUGUUGAAUUCGGUCAGGUCACAAACCAGGCCUGUAUCCCUCUCUGCGCAGUCGUCUGGGGAGCCGCAUGUCACCCCUAUUUUCCCGUGGCCAUCCCGGGCUGCACGAGUGCAACAAGAGUGCCCAUGGCAUGUCUCUUCUCUCUACGUGCUGUGAAUGCUUGAUCCCCACCCACCUGUUCCCCACCUGUGCAGGUGCUCCACUCCGGUACCGCAGCCUUCGUUAGUGGGUUCUCCCGAUACAGAUCAAACAGCACAUGAUUCUUGUCCAAUGGCUGCCUAGCAAACGGCCAGUCCCCCCCGUCGCCUUCAGGGCAGUCACACACCGGCUUCUCAUCCAUGCCUUUCGACCUACACCCGAGCCCCGGCAUGUGGCUGGCGUCCAAGUCGAGAGCCGUCCUGGCGCCCAAUCCACAGGGCUUGUUGGAGCAGAGGUUGGGCUCACGGAAGGCGAAAUGGCCCGUGGACGUCACGUGAACCUCAACGGCUUCCUUGGCGGCCUCGUCCUUCGACUCGCCCGCACCCUCCUUGGCCUCUGUGGCAUCCUUGGCACCCACGGCGGUUUCCUGCGAGCCCAGGUGCUCCAGAGGCUUUGCGGCCUUUUCCAGCUCGUUGGCUGCCAUCGACUCGCCCGCACCCUCCUUGGCCUCUGUGGCAUCCUUGGCACCCACGGCGUUGUCCUGCGAGCCCAGGUGCUCCAGAGGCUUUGCGGCCUUUGCCAGCUCGUUGGCUGCCACGGGGGCUGAGGCGGGUGACGUAGCACUGAGAAUUCGUGUUGCAUUCGUGUGUUUGGCCGAUGCUAGUCUUUGCACAAGUGCUGGCGUUGCAUGUGAUGGCUUGGGAGGUGGAAAGAUGCGACCAAAUGUAGUGUUGAACUGAGGAGAAGCCACAUGUCGGCCAAAUCUCAGGCUGAAAGCUGGAAACACGGGCGCUCCAAUCCGUGGCGACUCGGUGGGCUUUGACGCCUCUUGUCGCGGCGUCAGUGCCGGAAACUGACACAGACACACAAGAGACACAGCCUGGUCUGUGCAAGUCUGGCAUGUAUCUUUUCUUCCGCUACUUGUUUGCCGAAGACCGCAGGUUUCCCGUCGAAGGCUGGCAGUGAUGGUAGGUGGAUAGUGGUCCCGUUGAAAAAGCUGCCGGGCGCUCCGCGCAUGACGGCAGCGCGUGCAAAAGGUACUUCCCGUGCCUCCAUCCCACCAAACGCACGAGUUGAGGUGGCGGCCAUCCUGAGAGACAUCGUCGGAGCCGCCUUCAUGUUAGCCUGGCUCAGCGGACUGUCCGACAGAUCCCCAGUUUCAGCUGCCUCGACAAAUCUCCAAGCGGCGGGGUACUCCAACUCUUCGUCCUCCUCUGCAUCUGCCUCGGAAAGCUGCGUGCGAUAGACAGGGUCCGCCCUGGGCCCAGCUCGCUGUGUUGUGCUGUUGAAAAUGAGAGCCAACGGACGUAGGACACCUGACGAACCAUGACCCACUCGAGCAGUCCUGCAGAAAGGGUCGACGGAAGACGGCUGUGACACAUGGAUCGUCUGUUGCAGCAUGGUCACGACCUCACCUGUUGUUGACCCUUCUCCGCAAGGCCGGCCUUCUUUCGUCGGUGAGAGGAUGCAGAUGAAUCCAUCCGGUGAUUCUACGGGUUGACAAUCCGAUGGGGAGGCUUUGUAGGAUGACCCACACACAGAGAGUUCUGUGGAGCAUCGAAACUGGGGGAGUGGGGGCUCGUGGGGGCUCGAGACACAGUCUCCGCUUCUGUUCCCUUGCUUGCCAACUUACGUGCCAACAAUGGGCUGCAGAGCCUCCAGCAU